AUCUAUUGCCCCUUCUCUCUCUCUCUCUCUCACUGCUCUCAGAGUCUCACACACACCCUGUUCAUGCCUCUGUUGGGUUGUGUUCUCAGAUAGAAAGAAACCAUAAAACACCCCAGCAUUUCUUGGCUGAACCAACCACACUAGUGUGUGUGUGAGAGAGAGAAAGAGGGAAAAAAAAGUGAGUGCAUUCUUAGUUUUUUGUUGUUAGUUUUUCCAUAUGUGGGGUGGAGGGAGAUUUAUGAAUAACUACCCUUCCUAUUCUGCAAAAUCCAUAGCUUUUGAAAGCUCAUAACCACUUCACUGCUUUCUUUAUUGUCACUAUUCUUAAGUGCCGAUUGUAGGUAGUAUCAUUAUGGAUAUGGAGGGAGCAGAAGGAGUGAAGGUAUUCAUACCAGAGUCAAUCCAGGGUGUGAGUAACCACUUGGCGGGGCAGAUUCAGAUGAUAUGGGAGGUUGUGAAGGCGCCAUUGAUAGUACCACUGUUGAAGCUUUCCGUCUACAUUUCCUUAGCAAUGGCGCUCAUGCUUUUCAUCGAGAGGCUCUACAUGGGCAUUGUCAUCAUCCUCGUCAAGCUCUUCUGGAAGAAACCGGAAAAACGCUACAAUUACGAGCCCAUCCAAGACGAUGUCGAGCUUGGCAGCUCUAACUUCCCUGUCGUCCUCAUCCAAAUCCCAAUGUUCAACGAAAGAGAGGUUUACAAGGUUUCCAUUGGAGCAGCUUGUAAUCUUUCUUGGCCUGCUGACCGUCUCGUGAUCCAAGUCCUGGAUGAUUCUACGGACCCCGUGGUUAAGCAAAUGGUGGAGAUGGAAUGUCAGAGAUGGGCGAGCAAAGGGAUAAACAUAACGUACCAAAUCAGAGAGAACAGAACGGGGUACAAAGCGGGUGCACUCAAAGAAGGUCUAAAACGUAGCUACGUCAAGCACUGUGAGUACGUGGCAAUCUUCGAUGCUGAUUUCAGGCCCGAGCCUGAUUUCCUCCGUAGAGCCGUUCCUUUCUUGAUUGGCAACCCUGACAUCGCUCUUGUUCAAGCUCGCUGGAGAUUUGUGAAUGCUGACGAGUGUUUGCUGACAAGAAUGCAAGAGAUGUCCCUUGAUUACCAUUUCACAGUGGAGCAAGAAGUUGGAUCAGCCACUCAUGCUUUCUUUGGUUUCAAUGGGACAGCAGGUAUUUGGAGAAUUGGUGCAAUCAAUGAAGCAGGAGGGUGGAAAGACAGAACAACAGUGGAGGACAUGGAUCUUGCUGUUCGUGCUAGUCUUAGGGGAUGGAAAUUUGUCUACCUUGGAGACCUCCAGGCCAAAAGUGAGCUUCCAAGUACUCUGAGGGCCUUCAGGUUCCAGCAACACAGAUGGUCUUGUGGUCCUGCUAAUCUGUUCCGCAAAAUGGUGAUGGAGAUUGUAAGGAACAAGAAAGUGAGAUUUUGGAAGAAAGUGUACGUUAUAUACAGCUUCUUCUUUGUUAGAAAGAUCAUAGCUCACAUGGUCACAUUCUUCUUCUACUGUGUUGUGCUUCCACUCACAAUCUUGGUCCCUGAGGUUCAUGUUCCAAUCUGGGGUGCUGUUUAUAUCCCUUCCAUCAUCACCAUCCUCAAUUCAGUUGGAACACCAAGGUCAAUUCACCUGUUGUUCUACUGGAUCCUUUUUGAGAAUGUGAUGUCAUUGCAUCGAACAAAAGCAACAUUCAUAGGUCUGUUAGAAGCUGGGAGAGCCAAUGAGUGGGUUGUUACUGAGAAACUUGGUGAUUCUGUCAAUAACAAGAACAAAGAUGCUUCCAAGAACAAAGCCAAUAAUAAUGCCAUCAAAGCACCAGUCAAGAAACCAAGAUCCAAGUUUUUCGAAAGACUUAACACGUUGGAGCUUGGAUUUGCUGCAUUCCUCUUCUUCUGUGGAUGCUAUGACUUUGUGCAUGGAAAGAACAACUACUUUGUGUACCUAUUCCUUCAGACCAUAACCUUCUCAAUUGUUGGAUUUGGCUACGUUGGUACCAUUGUCUAAGCCAAUGUCUCCAGUUACUUAAAGUUUCAUCCGUGUCAGUGUCAAUAUCUUUGUAGUUUCCCUCCUCUGUAACAUUAUAUAAAAGGGGCAGAAUGAUUUCUUGAAGCAACAAAUUAAAGCUGUACCAAAAAAUCUACAGCUACUUUAGAGCACAAUCUCCAUCAUUUUCUUCAUGUGGAGCAAGAGAAGUUUGUUCUUCCCAAGAUUUCCUUGCCUUUCGGUGAAGAAUUGAAGUUCCAAACAAAUUCAAAGGCAAAGAUCAGAGUGUGCCUUUUGAAAUCGCCAUCACAACAGGCUUAAGGACAAGCAAAAAGAUUGUACCAUUAUAUAUGGUCUUAAAUUUAGAGUCAGCAAGUUAGAUAAUGUUUUUUCUUUUGUUUGCAUAGGUUGAAUUGUUUUUGUGAGAUUUUUACAGUUAUUUAUUUUUCUUGGUUCCUCUAUUUUUUUUUUUCUUUAUCCAUAGUUCAAGCCAAAUAAAUGUAUUGGAUAAAACAUGAACUUUAUUUAAUUCAUGAUGUUUGCCAUUUUUGUUUC